UGUAUUCGUAGUGAGGACGCGUUACGAAUAUAUUGUGGAUUACGCGCGACUUUCUAAAAGUUUACAUUGCAAUCGAACUCUAUAAUUUAAAAAAUAAACAAAUAAAUAUUAUUGUGAAUUUUAAUAAAUACGUAUACUUACGGGUUUUUGACGGGUUUUUCAGUGCGUCCUGGAGAAGUGUACGCGUAUUAUUCGGACUGUAAAUCAAUCGAACUGUAUAUUAUAAAUGGUUAACUAACUACAUAUACCAUAAUAUAUUGUCAUAAAUAUGCUGAAGACAGUCGUAGCAGGAUCGAUCAGCUGAUAACACAAGUUAUAAGUAUACACGAUAUUAGCUGUACGACAGCUUCCCGAGUGCUAAUAAAAAAUAACGACGAUACGUCAAGCAGGUAUUUCAUCUGAAGAACAAUAGAGUUGCAGAUAUAUAUCACAUAAUACGUACACAUCAUACAGCGUCAUCAUGUCUAUCGAGUAGACUGCAGCGUGACGUGCUCCGUCGAGCUGCACGCGUGGAUUGCACUGGGUGCUAUCGCUUACGAUAAUUUAUCACACGCAUCGAAUAUGGCUACACUACUGAAAUGGGUAUUGUCGAUGGUGGCAGUAAUGACGAUGACUUUACUAAAUGCAACGGACGCGGACGAUUGUUUGCCCAGAAAGUUCGCGUACGGCACGGUGUGCGUGUGCAACUCGACGUACUGCGAUCGAACUCCGGAACCGGAAAUACUAACGGCCGGCAAGUACGCGCUGUACACGUCUUCGAACGCCGGAAAUCGGAUGCGCAGGAGCAGCGGGUCUUUUGUGCCGUCGCUCGACUCACAAUGGUCCGGCGAAGAGAUCGACKUGGAUGCGACUACCACUUACCAAACCAUUCAUGGUUUCGGCGGUGCGUUCACAGACUCGGCUGGUAUCAAUGUCAUGGCGUUGAGCCCGAACACCCAACUCAAUCUCCUCAAGUCUUAUUUUGCUGACGAUGGUAUCAAGUACAACAUUGGUCGAGUACCGAUCGGCGGUACCGAUUUUUCGACGCGCAAGUACACGUACGCCGACAGCAAAGGCAUUCCAGACCUGAACAAUUUUGACCUAGCCCCCGAAGACGCAGAAUACAAGAUACCUCUGAUAAAGACCGCAAUGAGUAUGGCAUCGGAUGAAAUCAAAUUGAUCGGGUCAGCGUGGUCGGCCCCGCCAUGGAUGAAAACCAACAACGACUAUUCCGGCAUAGGUUUYCUCAAGCCAUCAUUCAUGGAUGCGUGGGCAGAAUACCAUCUGAAAUUUUUGGACGCAUACAGCAAAAAAAACUUGACUUUCUGGGCACUGACCACGGGGAACGAACCGCUCAACGGCAUCGUGCCCGUGAACCGAUUCAAUUCUAUGGGCUGGACUCCGAUGUCACACCGCGAAUGGAUAGGACGUCACAUGGGGCCCCGUUUAAGAGAUUCCGAACACAACAGCACGCUGUUGUUCGCCAUCGACGACCAGAGGAUUGUAUUGCCUUGGUGGAUGAAAAUGCUUAUGAAUGAUGAACAGUGUGCUAAGUACAUAGAUGGGAUUGCUGUGCACUGGUACUUAGACUUCAUCGUUCCUGUCAAAGUUUUGAACGAAGUACACAAAAACUUUGGUGACAAGAUCAUAAUGAACACUGAAGCAUCGCAAGGUGACAAGCCAUGGGAUUUCGUCAAAGUGCAAUUGGGAAGUUGGGCCAGAGCUGAAAAUUAUGCGAACAACAUCAUCGACGAUUUAAACCAUUGGGUGCAAGGAUGGGUGGAGUGGAAUUUAGCUUUAGACAUGACCGGAGGUCCGACUUGGGUGUCUAACUUUAUUGACUCACCCAUUAUUGUCGACAAAACUAAAGAUGAAUUUUACAAACAACCAAUGUUCUACGCGAUCGGACAUUUUUCAAAAUUUAUUUCCAGAGGUUCCACGCGCAUAAAGUUAACACAGACAUCCGUUGUGAAGUCAGUUGGUUUUAAAAGGCCUGACGGAGCUGUGGUUAUUGUUCUAUACAACAGGAGGAAUAAACCAGUAAACAUUUCUAUCAGGGAUCCACAUCGAGGUGUUAUAGGUCUUAGUAUACAAAAACAAUCUAUAAAUACAUUAAUUUUUUGGUGAUUAUUACAAUCAAUAUUAUUUUGUAUUUUUAAGUCAUUUACAUUCUAUAUUCUAUGAAACACAUGAUUUAUGUUAUAAUAUUAAAAAUAUUUAUUAAUUAUUACUCAAUU